GCAUGUUUAGAAGGUUUGCACCUCAAAUAACGAAAGUAAUCAGAAAUAUGUCUACUGAAGCCGCAAGUGCUGCAGCUACUGCUGCCCCUCCUGCCGUGAACACCCCUAAAGCGGGUUCCAAGAAGUCAUCGAAGAAGUCUAAGAAGCUGGAACAGUUUUUGUUGAAGACUCCCAAGGGUACCAAGGAUUGGGCCGAUAAGGAUAUGGUUAUCCGUGAAGCUAUUUUCAGCAGCUUGACCUCCCUUUUCAAGAAGCACGGAGGUGUCACUAUCGACACCCCAGUGUUUGAAUUGAGAGAAAUUCUUACUGGUAAGUAUGGUGAAGAUUCCAAGUUGAUUUACAACUUGGAAGAUCAAGGUGGUGAAUUGACCUCUUUAAGAUAUGAUUUGACCGUCCCAUUUGCCCGUUUUGUUGCUUCCAACAGUAUCAGCAGUAUCAAGCGUUACCACAUUGCAAAGGUUUACAGAAGAGAUCAACCUGCCAUGACCAAAGGUAGAAUGAGAGAAUUCUACCAAUGUGACUUUGACAUUGCCGGUGCAUACGACUCCAUGGUUCCAGAUGCUGAAGUCUUGAGUAUCCUUUGCGAAGGUAUGACCGGUCUUGGAAUCAAAGAUUUCAAGAUCAAAUUGAACCACAGAAAGAUUUUGGACGGUAUUUUCCAAGCUUGUGGUGUUAAGGAAGAAGAUGUCAGAAAGAUCUCAUCUGCCGUAGACAAGCUCGACAAGUCCCCAUGGGAAGUUGUCAAGAAGGAAAUGGUUGUUGAAAAGGGCCAAGAUGAAGCUGUCGCUGACCGUAUUGGUGAAUUCGUCAAGUUGAACGGUAGCAUUCGUGAAGUUUUGGAAUUAUUGAAGAAGAAUGAAACUCUCGCCACUAACGAAUCUGCUCAAGCUGGUAUUGCUGAUAUGACCACUUUGGCUGAUUAUGUCGAUGCUUUUGAAAUCAGUGACUGGAUUAGAUUUGAUUUGUCUUUGGCUAGAGGUUUGGACUACUACACUGGAUUGAUUUAUGAAUGUGUUACCUCUGCUUCUGCUCCUCCAAAGAAUGCUCAAGAAUUAAAGGCCAAGGCUACCAAGGACAUCAAGGAUGCCAAUGCUGAAGUUGAAGAUGCUUCCGAAUUUGUUGGUGUUGGUUCCAUUGCUGCUGGUGGUCGUUACGAUGGUUUAGUUGGUAUGUUCUCCAACGGUAAGUCCAUUCCAUGUAUUGGUAUUUCUUUCGGUGUCGAACGUAUCUUCUCUAUCAUUCAAGCUAGAGCCGCUAAGCAACUUGAAAAGGUUUCUGCUUCUCAAACCGAUGUCUUUGUUAUGGCUUUUGGUGGUGGUGAAGGCUGGAACGGAUUCCUCAAGGAAAGAAUGGCCAUCACUAGACAACUUUGGGCCGCUGGUAUUAACACUGAAUACUUGUACAAAUCUAAGGCUAACAUCCGUAAGCAAUUCGAUGGUGCUGAAAAGGCUGGUGCCAAGGUUGCUGUCAUUUUGGGUAAGGAAGAAUACCCAGAAGGUCAAUUAAGAAUCAAGGUCUUGAGUCAAGGUGAUGACAGUGAUCAAGGUGAAUUGAUCAAGGUUGAAGACCUUAUCUCAAUUGUCAAGCAAAAAUUAGAUGCUUACAACGAAGACGGUAUUGAUGAAGUUACCCGUAUGAUCAGGGGAUUGUAAAUAACCUAUGUUGAUUAAUUUUUAAAGAAAUCAGAUUAUAAGAAAACAAUUUUGUGUAGAAUCUUUUUCCACUCCUCUGAUAUUCCAUUUCUACUUUAUUUUGACAUACUACUUUUUAUUUCUAUAUACAUAUACAA